AUGCCUGAGCCAUCCACAGGCUGGACGAUUCCCGCUGGUGCCACCGUGAAGCUCUACACGCCUAAUGCGCCUGUUCGCCAAGGCAACGGGGUAGUUGCUGACUGGAGCGGGAAACUGGAGUUCUACCCCAACGCCAGCAUGGACGGUGGACCGCCGUCGUCCGCCCUCUGCAAUGGAUUGGACAAGUGUCCAACAUACCAGGGUCUGAACGGAGUCGCCACAGCGGUGGAGUUCACUUUUGUUCCGCACGGCGCAGAUUUCUAUGAUGUUUCGAUCAUCAACGGUUUCAACAUCGGCAUCGAGAUGAAGCCAGAUGGAUCUUUCCGACCUGUCUACGAAGGUGCAUCUGCCAGUUCACGCGGCUACAACUGCGGAGCUGCUGGGGCACUCGCGCAGCCAGACAGGCGCCUCUCAGCUUGCCCGUGGGAGUUUACCAAGCAACUUCAAGCGUUGGGACAUGAUGACAUCAGUCCCUUGUUGACUCAAGUAGACGGAGGAUAUGGCUACUGCCAGAAGCAUAGCGACUGCUUCGGAAGUGGUCUCGUCUGCGGGCAAGUCGCAAAAACGGUCUGGGACUGGUUUGCAAGAGUGCUUCGCCCAACGACGCAGAUCACUAUGGAGUGCGGCCAUCGCAUUGGCGUUUGGUCAGUCUACCAGCUCUGCGUGUGGAGCGGAAACACAUAUCGCAGCCCUGCGCCCUUUGAGGGGCUGAUUGACUGCCCCAGUAUGCACUACAUGUUUGCUUGUGCUGGCCCUGCUCCUUGGACAACAACAUGCUAUAACAAGGUGCCUGUCGGCGCUGAGUGUUGUGGUUGUGCAAACUGGACUGAAGCGCUCGGAAUCGCGGUGCCGGAAGGUGGUGCAGGCUGUCAGGGAGCAAGUCCCACUUGGCAGAUGACUGCGCAGCCCUUCUAUAAGAUCCUCAAGGCUGGCUGCCCGACUGCCUACACAUUUGCUUUUGAUGAUGAGACCAGCACCUUCACUUGUCGCACUGCGGAGAGCCAGCUGGACGCCAACAUUCCUAACAAAGCUGGGUACAACAUCACCUUGUGUCCUUCAGAGCCGGACUUUGAAGAGAUGAACGGGGGAACUGACCAGGUUUGCAGAGGUCAAGCGUCGUGGGACAACAACAACAAGUACUUCACACAUUAUCCAGAUCAAACUCUCAGUGAAUGCAAGAUGAAAUGCCGCAUCACGCCGGGUUGCAAGGGAAUCGAGCAUGGUCCCUUUGGCCGCUGCGAGGUCUGGACUCGGAGUGCGGGCAUUCAAGCCACCAGCACGCUGGCAGGGUACUCUUGCUUGCGAUAUGUCCCCUUCGAGUUUGAGACGUUGGGCACGGGGCAAAAUGAAGCUUGUCGCGGGGUGACAGCCGACGACAGCUCUGACAAAUAUUACAGGCUUUACAUGAAUGAGACGCUCAGUGGUUGCCAAAGGCGGUGCCGUAUUGCCUCGGAUGUGUGCAAAGGGAUCGAGUUCGGCCCGUUGGGCAGAUGCGAGGUAUGGACACAUGUGGCAGGCAUCCACGCGACCAGUCCUGUGAAAGGGCACGCCUGCUUCUUGUUUGCCCCGUCCGACUUUGAGAUUGUUGGGGGCGAGAAUCAGGCAUGUCGAGGACGUACCUGGUAUGAUAACUCCAACAGCUACUUCACGCAUGUGCGAGACCAGACGCUCAGCUCUUGCAAGAGCCUUUGCAGAGAGAUGGGAACGAGGUGCAAGGGCAUCGAGUUUGGUCCCUUUGGCAGAUGUGAAUUAUGGACGCGCUCUUCCGGAAUUCAGUCCAGCAGAACUGUCGCGGGCUAUUCAUGCUAUCGAUAUGUGCCUCUCUGA